UUCUCGGUGUUUGUUCUUCUGUAUUUGAUUCUUUGCCGCCAAAGAUUCUGAAAGAUUUUCUGGUAAAUUUCCGAGGACGUCAUCAUAGAGGAGAACUCAUCCGAAAUCAUUGUGACUAUAAUGUCUCCUCAGAUGUUUCCCCAGAUUAUCUCCAGGACAUGGAUUUUAUUUCUCCAUAGAAUCUGGUGCGGUUUAUCAUCGUCUCCUCUUCUUCCCUUCAGGUUUCUCCAAUCCAGGAUCCUCUGCUGAUAUCUUCUAUAUAAGAGAAUUCUCCUGGAUGACCCAUCAACCAUGGAGAGAGACAGGAACAAGAUGGCCGACAGGAUCAUAAACCUCACCCUACAGAUACUCUUCCGGCUUUCUGGAGAGGAUUACACAGUAGUGAAGAAGUCCUCUAGUGGGCGCUGUCAGGCUCCUGUGUGUGAAGGAUGGGGAAGAACCCUGAGCCCAAUCCCGGGGCCCCCACCUCACUCCCUGAUACAUGAGGAAAUGGAUGAACAGAAGAUCCGAGAACUCAUCAACAAGAUGAUGGAGCUGCUGACUGGAGAGGUUCCUAUAAGGUGUCAGGACGUGGCGGUCUAUUUCUCCAUGGAGGAGUGGGAGUAUGUAGAAGGACACAAGGAUCAGUACAAGGAUCAGGUCAUGAUGGAGGAUCAGCAGCCCCUCACAUCACCAGUCAGAUCCAGUAAGAGAACAGCACCAGAGAGGUGUCCCCGUCCUCUUGAUGAGCAGAAUAUGGAGGUCAUUACUACAGGGAAAAAUCUGAUCUUUAUUAAUGCUACAGACAUAAAGGAAGAAGAGACGGAUGUGAGCGGUGAUGAGCAGUAUAAGGAGGACAAGGACAUUCCUACAGGGAAAGGUCUGACUUAUAUAAAUGCUACAGACAUAAAGGAAGAAGAAGAGACAGAUGUGAGCGGUGAUGAGCAGUAUAAGGAGGACAAGGACAUUCCUACAGGGAAAGGUCUGACUUAUAUAAAUGCUACAGACAUAAAGGAAGAAGAAGAGACAGAUGUGAGCGGUGAUGAGCAAUAUAUGGAGGACAAGGACAGUCCUAUAGGAAAAGAUCUGAUCUAUAUGAAUGCUUCAGACAUAAAGGAAGAAAAAGAGACAGAUGUGAGCAGUGAUGAGCAGUAUAAGGAGAACAUUCCUACAGAUUCUUGUAGCAGGAGAUCAGAGGAGAAUCUUAUAUCUUCAGAUUAUAAAGCAGAUGAUGAUAUCACACAAGAUACAUAUGAAGAACAUUCCAUUAUCCCAGAUACACCCUCAGCCCUUCACAGCCAAGAUCUGUCAUCUCAUCCUUAUAUACAGGUCCUGUCUUCUCACUCAUCACAGGAUGUUCAGCAAAAAGAAAGUCAUAGAAGGGAUGCUGGACACCAACGAGCUCAUACAGGAAAGAAACCAUAUUCAUGCUCAGAAUGUGGGAAAUGUGUUACUUCUAAAUCAAGUCUUGUUAAACAUCAGAGAAUACACACAGGGGAGAAGCCAUUUGCAUGUUCACAGUGUGGAAAAUGUUUCACUCAGAAAUCAUAUCUUGUUGAACAUCAAAGAACUCACACAGGGGAGAAGCCAUUUUCAUGUUCAGAAUGUGGGAAAUGUUUUCCUUUUAAAUCAGGUCUUGUUGUACAUCAAAGAACUCACACAGGAGAGAAGCCAUUUUCAUGUCCAGAAUGUGGGAAAUGUUUUACUAAUCAAUCAAGUCUUAUUCAACAUCAAAGAACUCACACUGGAGAGAAGCCAUUUUCAUGUCCAGAAUGUGGGAAAUGUGUUACUAAUCAAUCACAUCUUAUUCAACAUCAAAGAACUCACACUGGAGAGAAGCCAUUUUCAUGUCCAGAAUGUGGGAAAUGUUUUACUAAUCAAUCAAGUCGUCUUCAACAUCAAAGAACUCACACUGGAGAGAAGCCAUUUUUAUGUCCAGAAUGUGGGAAAUGUUUUAUUGAUCAAUCAAGUCUUAUUCUACAUCAAAGAACUCACACUGGAGAGAAGCCGUUUUCAUGUGCAGAAUGUGGGAAAUGUUUUACUCAGAAAUCAGGUCUUAUUCAACAUCAAAGAACUCACACAGGGGAGUAGCCAUUUCCAUGUGCAUAAUGUGGGAAAUGUUAUACUGUGAAAUCAAAUCUUGUAAAAACAUCAAAGAACUCACACAGGGAAGAAGCCAUUUUUCAUGUGCAGAAUGUGGGAAAUGUUUUACUGAUAAAUCAAGUCUUAUUCAACAUCAAAGAACUCACACAGGGAAGAAGCCAUUUUUCAUGUGCAGAAUGUGGGAAAUGUUUUACUGAUAAAUCAAGUCUUAUUCAACAUCAAAGAACUCACACAGGGGAGAAGCCAUUUUCUGUUUCAAUAGUUUUUAUUGAAUAUUUUUUGACAAUCUAAAAGAACAAUGCAAGUCCCUUGCAGGGGACUAAGUAGAAGUCAAGCAAGUAUAUAAACAGGUAAACCUACAAGUAAAAAAAAUCAAAAGAACCUAAGAACAAAGGUGGAAUAAGUUGACUUGUACAAUUGCAAGAAUAUAUGGCAAUGUGUCUUUGAACUCUAAUGGGUUAGUCAUAUAGUAAUAGCGAGCGUUGACCCACUACAGGGUUUGAGUGUCAAGAGUUUAGUUACUCUGCGUGGCAUGUAAACAGUCUACAUCCUGAUAUCUAUCUCAGUAGGAAAUGAUGGGAGCGGUAAUGGAGGGUAAAAGAGGAACAGGUAGGGGUAGGAGGGUGUAGGGGUAAGAGGUGUAAGGAGUCAGGAGAAGGUGUUGAAAGGAUAGGCAGGUAGGAGAAGGGGGGGGGGGUGGAGGAUCGUAGAAAAGGGACCCGCAAAGGGAAUGUAAGUGAUCUCAGCUGGUUAUAUAGUACCAGUAGCCUGUGUUGUGGAAGACCACCUAUUCCAUCACUUGUGAAAAUAUGAGCCGUUACCAUAGGCGAUGAUGCGUUCAUAUGUGUAGGUGGUAUUUACUUUAUUAAUGACCAUGUCUAUAGAUGGGGUGUUGGGUGAUUUCCUAAUGCUGGUAAGUGAAAUUUUCAUCACAAUUAGGAUAAUACAUAUUAAGUCUCUCUCGGGUCUAGGUAUAUCAGAUAAAUCGAGAAACAAUAAAAUCUGUUGUGGGGUCCAGGCCCUCUCCUCCCCUAAAACCUCAUUCAAGAGCUGUUUGCAGGCGAGCCAGUAGGCUUUAAUGGAGGGAUAUUCCCACAAAAUGUGUAACAAUGUGCCCCUCUGUCCACAAUCACGCCAACAUAGUCCAGUCAUUUCUGAGUAGAUGUGGGACAGGGGCUCAGGAGUGUAGUACCACCUCAAUAUGGUCUUCAUAGCAGACUCAACAUGUGAAACACAUUGAAAGGCUCUAUGUAUAUUCUGGAAAGCCGCUCACCAUUGGGAUUCAAAGAUAGAUUUGCCCAGCUCGUUUUCCCAGGAAUGAAAGGGGUGUGAUUUGCGAAAUUGGGAAGUAUGGGAUACAUUAGAAUAUAAGGGGCGAAGGCCCUUUAGGUUGCUAGAGAGAAAAAUUUAAGAGGGUUUAUGUAACUGGAUGGAAGAUGGUGGAGUAUGAAGUAAGAAAUGACGCAAGCGCAGAAACUUGUAGACGUCAGAGUGAGAAAUAGAAAAGGUAGAGUGCAAUUCUGAAAAGGGUAGUAGGGUUUCAGAUAAAUAAAGUUGGUGGAGAUGUGUUAGCCCACUGUGAAUCCAUGGCACCAGCCAUAUGUCAGGGCUCAUGCUUUGUAUAAGAGAUAUGGGAAUGAGAGUUUUGUCCGUGGUUGUGUCCACUAGAGAGAGGUUUGUUACCCAUGCCUUAAAUGAGGCCGCCACAAUAGCGUUGGAAGAGGGGGCGGUGUGUGGAGACCAGUAUGGCAGAAAAAGAACGUCUUUAAGUAAGUAUGGGGAAGCCAAGGAGUUUUCUAUAUGGACCCAAGCAGUAGUCAAAUCUUCCUUGCACCAGCCUCUCAACAUCCCCACCAGGGCGGCAAGAUAAUAACACCACAAAUCUGGUGAUCCAAGUCCUCCCAUGUCUCUGUACUUAGUCAAUAUGGAUGCGGCCAAUCUGGGCCUGUUGCCUGACCACACAAAGGAUGACAAAAGGGCUUGGGCCUUAGAAAAGAAGGAAUUAGGAACAGCAAUCGGGAGGGUUCUAAAGAGAUGGAGGAAGCGGGUAGAAGAAGCAUUUUAAAGGCUGCUACUCUGCCUGUCCAAGAUAUGUCGAUAGAGCUUAGUCUGUCCACUUCAACGCCGAUGGUCUGUAGGAAAGGUUCAUAGUUAUUGGAGUAUAGUAGGUUAUGAGGGUAUGUUAGUUUGAUUCCUAGAUAUUUAACACUAGUGGUUUGCCAAUCAAAGGGAUGCACGUUUUUAAGGGUAUCUACCAGGGCGGGGUGAAGGUUUAGAGGAAGGGCCUGAGUUUUAGUGGCAUUAAGGUGGUAAUAGGAAAGCUGACAAAAGUGAAGUAUGGAGGUCAUGGCAGCCGGCACAGAUACAGAGGGAUCAGUAAGUGAUAAAAUAAUAUCAUCUGCAUAUAAUGAGAUGAGGUGAUGUUGUCCUGCAAUGAAGACUGCAGAGAUUUGGAGUCUCCCUGCCUCAGCGCCUGCGCCAAUGGCUCCCUACAUAGAAUGAAUAUAAUGAGUGAAAGGGGGCACCCCUAUCUGGUUCCAUUGGUGAUAUCAAAGGCUUCCGCAAGGAUGCCAUUCACAAAGACCUUGGCAGAGGGUUCGGUAUACAGCGAUGUGAUCGCACUAUAAAUGGUUCCACUAAAUCCCAGGUGCCGGUGGACCGAGACGACGAACAGCCAGCGGAGCCGGUCGAAUGCCUUCUCGGCAUCAAGAGCUAGAAUCAAAGCAGAGGUUUUAUGGGUUUCAACAUGGUGUAAAACAUGUAGAAGGUGGCGGGUAUUGUCCGAAGCUUGACAGCCCGGGACAAACCCCGCUUGAUCAGGGAGGAUCAAACUGGGGAGAAAUUUGGUGAGCCUGUUGGCUAUGAGUUUUGCAAAAAUCUUUAGGUCUUGGUUAAGUAAUGAUAUUGUCAAUGUACUAGUAAAAUGUAUAUCGGCACCACUUUAACUGCAGUGAGAUCCCGGCAAGGACUCAAUCUGUACGCUCAGCACACCUGGACAAUUAAACCCCUUGAGAGACUUCUACUUCAGUAGUGCUCACUCCACAAAGUAUGAGAACAAAGCAAUCAUUCAGAACGAAGAUGAAGAAAAGGGAGCACAUACCAGAGAUGUUGAAAUGCAGUAUUCGGCUUUAUUUCAUCUUGCUGGUGUCAAAACGGUGCAGGGUAGAAGGGAGGGCGGACGAGUUGAGGGGGAACUACAGGCAACGGUCCGUGUCACGCUGGUCUGCGCUUCAUCAGGCCCUACGUCACUGAACUAGAGGGAGUGUUUUUAUACAUCACGGGAGGUAACAUGGACAAACAGUGACGUUUACAUGGAUCAGGAUCAGGAGGGAUACAAUGACAAACAAAAGGUAAGAAUACAAAAACUAAGUGAUGAUAAAAACAAAACAUCGUGUCUGCGAGUAUCGUACAAUGCAACAUAAUAUCUUUCUAUAUGAAAACUCCCAUUUCGUUGUACUCAUUAAGGCCCAAAGGGCCCGUUGCAUUAGUACGGAAAAUCCAUCUGGAUUCCUGUAAUAAUCCGCCAUUUGGAGAGUGUUCAAUUCUCUCCAGAACCUUAAAUUUGAAAGCUCUUGGGUUAUUCUCAUGUUCAGAACACAUGUGUUGAAUGAAUCUAGCACAGCCUUUUUUGGUUACUAGGGACCGUAUGUGUUCUCUAAUUCUUUGAUACAAAGGUCUUUUUGUUUUUCCUAUGUAGUAUCUCCCACAUAAACAUAUGAGGGCAUAUACCACAUAGGAUGUUUUACAUGUGGCAAACUGUUUGAAUUUAACCCUUGUGCCUCCCAAAUGCAUUUCAUUUAAUUUUUAGUUAAAAUCGCAAACCGAACAAUUUCCACAUGUGAACAGACCUUUAGGUUUUGAUGUAGAUAACCAAUCUUUUUGAAUUCUGCCUUUGUUUUUUCUUCUUUUCAAAUAAUCUGUUUAAUUUCUGUAAAAUUUUUCAAAUCUUGGUCACGUUGUAACAUUGGCCAAUUUUUGAAAAUAGCGUUUUUUACAAUGUUGUUAAUUGGUGAAUUUUUAAAUGUUAAUACUGUCAUAUUAAGUUUUUCUUUUUUACUUUUCUGAGUAAAUUGUUACGAGGAAUUUUAUUCACUUUUUUCAUUGCAUUAGAUAUAAUUUCAGGUGAGUAGCCUCUAUCAAUUAAUCGUUCACCCAGUUCUUGAGCUUGCUGUUCGAUCUGUAUUUAUGCGUUUUAAUCUGAUUAACUGGCAUGCUAUCUUUAACAGUUUUAGGGUGAGAUGAAUGAUAAUGAAGAAUUGAAUUUUUUGAAUUAGGUUUCCUGUACCCAGAAGUCUGAAUGGUAGUAUUUUUUAUUUCGAUUUUGGUAUCCAAAUAUUCAAGUGAUAAACCUCCGAACUGAAAAGAGAACCACAUGUUCACCUUUAUUAUUGCUGUUGAGAUAGUCGACAAAUAAAGAAAAAUUUUCCUGGGAAUCAUCCCAGAUAACAAAAAUGUCAUCGACAAAUCCCAACAGCGAUUUUAUUUUUGACACAAACGGAUUAUUAACAGUGAAAAUGUAAUCUUUUUCCAGCAUCGCUAAAAAGAUGUUUGCAUAGGAACAAGAGAUGGGUGUACCCAUCGCCGUUCCUUGCGUUUUGGCAUACCAUUGACCUUCAUAUUGGAAGUAGUUCUUCAAAAUUAAUUUUGCAGAUUCCAAUACAAAAUUGAUAAAUUCACUGAAUUUGUCUGAGCAAUCCAAGAAUUCUCUGAGAGCCUGCACACCCGCAUCAUGUGGGAUACGGGUGUACAGGCUCUCAACAUCUAUGAAUGCCAGAGGAAAACCCUCUUGCCAACAGAAAUCGCGAAGGGAAGUAAUAAGAUCACCAGUGUCACGGAGGUAAGUAGGGGUAAGUUUUAGUAAAGGAGAAAUCAACCAGUCCACAUAGCUAGACAGGAACUGGGUAGGGGCCCCAAUACCCGCCACUAUGGGACGACAGGGAGGAGGGACAAUGCCUUUGUUGACUUUUGGUAAUAAAUACCAUUUUUUUGGGAUCGGAUCAGAUGGAAUAAGUUUUUCUGCUGUUUUUUCGGUCGAUUUGAAAUUUCUUGUAUAUUUUUGCAGAUGUGAUCUCAUAAUUUGUUCAUAAUCGUUAAAGUGGGAUCUGUUUUUAAUUUGUUAUAUACCAUGACAUUGCCUGUAGUUCCCCCUGAACUCGUCCGCCCUCCCUUCUACCCUGCACCGU